UCAAGAUGGAAAAGCUCACUGCCAGACUUUCUUUACUAGACAUCAGAUGACCAAGGUAUGAUUCUCAGAGUGUAGUCUAAUGACCAUAUACAUCAGAACUGCUUGGAGUGUGUGUGUUGAAACUGCAUAUUACCAAGCUUACCCUCAGUUUACUAUAUCAGAAUAUCUAGCAGUAAAAUCCAGGAGCCUGCAGUUUCCAAAAGGAGCACACGUGAUUUGUAUAUAUACUAAAAUUUAUAUACUUCUGCAUUUAGGUCAUGAAUAUGACCACUGAUGAAAAACAUUCAGUCAGAGCUCUCGGCAGAAGUUAGAAAACACAGAAUGGAGCUGUACCCACCAGAUAAUCUUUUUAGUGCGUACAGCCACGCAAACUCAACCAGACGUUGUAUCCACAUUCAUGGAGAUGAUGGGGAACCGAAAGAUACUCUUUACACAGAGCCCCAAACACUCAACCUAAGAAGAAACCAUUGCAUGAGGAAGUUGGUGUUUGGUAAUGAAAUUUGAAGCCAGCUAUGUUCAGUGUAAACCAGCAAUUAAAAACACAAAUUGGGGAAUUUUUUGGUGGUCCUAUGGUUAGGACUUGGUCCUUUCACUGCCGGGGCCUGGGUUCUAUCAACGGUCAGGGAACUAGGAUCCCGCUGCAUGGCAUGGCAAAAAUAAACAAACAAAAAACAAAUCGAAGGAAAACUAAUGAUGGGAAGUCUUCUAAAAUGAUUUUUAUUGGAAUUAAAAGUAGACUCAAUUUUUCAGGGACUCUGUCAUGCUCUAACUUAAGUUUGUUGCUCAGUUAGGUUGACUAAUCAAAAGAGUCAAGUGAAGUGAAAACAGGGCUCAAAACGGUAUAUACACAGAAUGUUACAACAUAUAAAAUCAUGUGCACAGAUGGUUGGUUAAGAAGGUCAACUCGGCAGCAUGUUCAAAAAAAGGCUGAAGUGUAAAUCAGUGGUGAAGCAAGUGGGAGAGGCCAUUAUUGCAGGUUUGAGCAAGGUGAAAGCAGGUGAGAGCAUCGCCUGGAGAUGCAGAGUGGGAAAGGCUGUAGCUAGGAACUUGCAAAGAGGGAGCUGCAGGAGUGGAGGUCACAGCCCCCCUGUCAGAGCUGUAGACUGACAAGUGGGGCGGGAAAGCAGGGUUCAUUGAAGGUCUGUCCGUGAAACUCCUAAUUUGCUCUCCCCUCUCUUGCGUUAAGUAUCUGGCCAUGGGUAAGCAAAAAAUAUAGUAGAGAAUGAAUUAUGUGCUAUAAGAAAAAGUCUGAGGUCCUCGGCGCUGCCUACGGAGGUGGCCGCCAUCUCUUACUCGGCAUCAUGGCUGCCCUCAGACCCCUCGUGAAGCCCAAGAUCGUCAAAAAGAGGACCAAGAAGUUCAUCCAGCACCAGUCAGACCAAUAUGUCAAAAUUAAGUGGAACUGGUGGAAACCCAGAGGCAUUGACAACAGGGUGCGCAGGAGAUUCAAGGGCCAGAUCUUGAUGCCCAACAUUGGUUAUGGGAGCAACAAGAAAACAAAGCACAUGCUGCCCAGCGGCUUCCAGAAGUUCCUGGUCCACAAUGUCAAGGAAUUUGAAGUGCUGCUGACGUGCAACAAGCCUUACUGUGCUGAGAUUGUGCACAACGCCUCCUCCAGGAACUCCAAAGCCAUUGUAGAGAGAGCAGCCCAGCUGGCCAUCAGAGUCACCAAUCCCAACACCAGGCUGCGCAGCGAAGAAAAUGAAUAGACAGCUCAUGUGCACGUUUUGUUUAAUAAAACCAUAAAAUGGCCCAAAAAAAAAGAAGUCUGAGGGACUAGGGAAUCUGGUGUAUUAUGCUCCAGAACAAGUGCUGCCUUAUUUUGGCAUUUCAAGGACAUUCAUCCUAACAGCUGGUUCUUACCCUUUUAAUCCUAAAGCAAAGUGUGCCAUUAAACCAGCCCCACCCAUCUGUAGAGCUUCCCCUCUGUUUUUUGAUAGCUUCUUCAAUAUCAUGAGAGCUGGGGAGUGAAUGAUUAAGGAAGCCUCCAACAUGAAUGAAAAAAUAUCUGGGGCUUCCCUGGUGAUUCUGUGGUUAAGAAUCCGCCUGCCAAUGCAGGGAACACGGGUUUGAGCUCUGGUCCGGGAAGAUCCCACAUGCUGUAGAGCAGCUAAGCCCGUGUGCCACAACUACUGAGCCUGCACUCUAGAGCCCGUGAGCCACAACUACUGAAGCUCACAUGCCUAGAGCCCAUGACCCGCAACAAGAGAAGCCACUGCAAUGAGGAGCCCCCACUCGCCACAACUAGAGAAAGCCCAAGCACAGCAACAAAGACCCAACGCAGCCAAAAAUAAAUAAAUUAAUUAAUAAAAUUAUUUUUUUUAAAUCUAAGAUAAAACAGAAAAAAAAACUGCCAAAGAGAACAGAUAUUCAGGAGAAAUAAAUAUUUUAAAUGUUUUAUUCUAGGAGUGAGUCAAGAAAUAAUUGCAAAUGAAAAAUAAAUGCAAGAUGCUCUUUUAAAAAGAAUAGACUCCCUGAAAUUAAAAGUAAGACUGUUGGGCCAAAAAGCAAAGAAAAGAAAGAAAAAGGGAAACUUCACCAGAGCUGAAACAUCUUCAGAUCAUGGAUAGAUUCACGCAGCAUGAGAAAUUGAGAACACAAUUAAAAAGACAUCACAGACUGGGACUUCCCAGGUGGUGCAGUGGUUAAGAAUCCGCCUGCCAAUGCAGGCGACACAGGUUCGAGCCCUGGUCCGGAAAGAUCCCUCAUGCCAUGGAGCAACUAAGCCCGUGCACCACAACUACUGAGCCUGCGCUCUAGAGCCCGGGAACCACAACUACUGAAGCCCGCGUGCCUAGAGCCUGUGCACCAGAACAAGAGAAGCCACCAUGAGGAGCCCACGCGCCACAACAAAAAAGUAGCCCCUGCUUGCCACAACUAGAGAAAGCCUGCGCAGCAACAAAGACCCAAGACAGCCACUCACACACACACACACACACACACACACACACAUGCACACACGCACACAUAUCACAGAAACUUCUGGAAAGAAUUUUGAAAGUAGAAAAGGAAUAUUUUUUAAGAAAAAGGAAUGUUUCUUCUAAUUAAAAAAAUCAGAGACUUCAAAGUAAGCAAAUUGUUCGAGAAAAUGUACAGAUUGUACAAGACAAUUGCAGUCCAAAUGUGAAGCAAAUGUUUUUAAUAUAUAUUUAUUUACUUUUGGCUGCAUUGGGUCUUCAAUGCUGCACGUGGGCUUUAUCUAGUUGCGGCGAGUGGGGGCUACUCUUUGUUGCGGUGCGCGGGCUUCUCAUUGCCGUGGCUUCUCUUGUUGGGGAGCACGGGCUCUAGGCUCACGGGCUUCAGUAGUUCUGCCACUCAGGCUCAGUAGUUGUGGCUCUCGGGCUCUAGAGCUCAGGCUCAGUAGUUGUGGCGCACAAGCUUAGUUGCUCUGCGGCAUGCGGGAUCUUCCCAGACCAGGGCUUGAACCCGUGUCACCUGCAUUGGCAGGUGGAUUCUUAACCACUGCGCAACCAGGAAAGCCCCUGAAGCAAACUUUAGAAAGGAGUAUUCAUUUGACCCUUGUGUUAAUAAUUCUUCCUGGAAGAGGCAGAGGACUCAGGAAAUCGGAAAAAAAGAGGGGGAAAUAUAAUCGUUGUUUUGAUUGGCCCUUCACUGAACAGUGUUUGCAUAGUUCUGAUAUAAAGAGUAGAUACUGUUUAUUUUUACUUUUCAAUUUUAGGAAGAAGCCCAGAUCUGUGACAGAAUAGAUUUCUUAAUGGCAACAGAGUGGCGUGCCAUUGUUCCCAGUCCUGUCACCAAUAGUAAUGGCACAGCCUGUGACUGUUACAAAGUAGAAAGGGGAAGAGAAGCAGAAAGGGGGGAGUGUAUCCCCGUAUCAUCAUCUUAGGAAGCGGGCUUUUAAAUACAAUACUUUGGGUUACUUAGGAGACCAAAACUAGAGCUCAAAACAGUAAUAUGACAAAAAGUUGGAAGCAAAUAGAAGAGCAACGACGUGAGUCAAAUCUAAAUUCCUUAUCAGAGCAGGAAGCCAGUAAGGUCUACAGACUGAAAGAAUUGCAGAGGUGGCCUCAGAAAGAACCAGAAUAGAAAUGGCUAAAAGUGGUUGAUGGGAUUUGUGACUGUUGGGUAAGGUGGGGCAGGAGACAGCUACUUUCCAUUUUAAAACUUCUGUAGUGUUUUAUUCCCUGGUGGUACACUUCUUAUUUGGGUAACAAAUUAUUUCAAAUGUGUACCUAUAGGUGAGCAAAACUACAGUGCAUGAAGACAUCUGCAGUUGAUUUGGGGGUUAUGUACAUGUUUCCUUUUGAUUCAGUGUCACUGUAAAUUGAAGAUUAAAGAAGCAAGAACUUAAAGAUGUCAGGCUCUUCUAUUUUGCCAAUCAGAGUUGAUUCCAGUAGAGCAGGAAGGCUCCUUGGCUUCUUAGAAUUCCUUGGAGUCCUUUUAAGGCUCUAAGACUUUAUUUUCCAGAAGCCUUAUCACCAGGAAGUCAGUGGGCCCCCGAGAGGUGCUGGUAUCCUGGGACACCUGGGUGGACAAGACAGGUGUGUGAAUUUGUAUAACCACCAAAUAUUGAAUGUACUCCCCCAAGGUCACUUUGGCAGUUACCUGGUAUUUACUUUCCAUAAGACCCUAUAAGUAACGGCCCACAUGAUUCAUAUGAGACUCGGAGUUUGAGACAGGGAAUGCCUUCCUACAGUGGCGUGGACAGAACAGAGGGGACUUUGCUGCCUGGUUAGGCAGUUGGUCCUGCUGCUGAGACCAACCUUGUGUAGCUUUCAGAAGAUGCUGGGGCCUGGGAGGAAGGACUUGUGCAAUGGAUCUAGCAAAGUGAGUGUUGUUUGACAAUUCUUGUUGACCAAACACCUGAGAGACAUUUCCAUUCAGCAAGUCUUAAAAUUAGCCUUGUUCGGUGAAGGCACUAUUUAGGGACUCAGUACGGAAGAUGCGUGUGAUGCCGCAGCGCCCUCAAGUCCCUUCUUCCCAAGAUGGGGACGCCACACAGGAGCAUAGGGGUUAUGGGUUCCUGGAGACCACACCUUGUGGGAAUCACACAAGAAGGAUGCAUGUAGGGGGCUGGGGGGAAUGGAAGACAGAAGUUGCUGUGUACACAGUGAGUGCUUCAGGCCCUGCUCUGAGAGGGUUCUACCCUUUCAUAAAUCGGAAACCAGAGGCUCUUAAGGACCCAAGAAGUGGGCUCAUUUGAAAUAGGAACCCGAGACCUUUCCGCCCAAAUGAUUCUCAUACCCAGUGGUUCCAAAUCAAAACGUGCAUAAGACCCACCUGAAAGGAAGUGUUAGAAUUACAGCUUAUUGGACCCAUCUUAACAUGUUGUAAAGAGUACUCUUGGGCUUCCCUGGUGGCGCAGUGGUUGAAAGUCCGCCUGCCGAUGCAGGGGACACGGGUUCGUGCCCUGGUCCGGGAAGAUCCCACAUGUCGUGGA